AUGGCGAGCUGGCUCACAUAUCCACUCCAGCUGACGGGAAGUCGCGAUUUUACUUGUGAUGGAUUCACUGAAGAGCAAUGCAACUACUAUAUGCAUCGAUGGCACUUCUGGUACAUUGCCGAUUACGUCUACGCAUUACCGACGGUGGCUUUCUUCAUGAGUACCCUUGGCAUCUUCAUCAUCGGACAUAUCGUAUCGUCUUAUAUCCUCGAAUAUCGCAGAUUUCGAGGCCCUCCGGUUUGGCAGAAGUUUGUCGCAAUUAUUCGGUACCUGUCUUACCGUGGGUAUCAUAUCAAAGCGCUAAAUUGGAACUCAGCGCCCAUUGGGCUACUGCUCUUGGGAUUUGCUGGUACAGUUUACUUCUUCUGCAUGGACUUGAUACCACAGCCUUACUAUUGGCCAAGUGAGGACUUUGGUGGCUCGCCGCCAUUGGGAACAAGAUCGGGCUGGAUGGCUUUAGCAUGCAUGCCAUUUGUCUUUGCAACUGCAAGUAAGGCGAACUGGAUCACGCUUACUACGGGAGUUUCACAUGAGAGGAUACAAGUAUUCCAUCGAUGGACCGCUUAUGCUUUUUUUGUUCUUGCGUUGAUGCACACCUUCCCAUUCAUCGUCGCUCACACCCAUUUCCAUGACAUGGUGAUGGAGGUGACCAUGAUGAGCACCUUGUUCUACUGGACCGGUAUCGUUGCACUUGUUUUCCAAGCCUGGUUGACUUUCGCAUCUCACAGCGUGAUUAGGCGCUUCGGCUACGAGUUUUUCAAAGCAACCCACUUCUUUGCUGUCGUCGUGUUUAUCAUAGUUUUUUUCUGGCACUGUGAUUACACACUCACGUCUUGGCACUAUUUUAUUGCAACAGCUGCCGUAUAUGUGCCUUGCUUCAUUUAUCCAUGGCUUCGAACCGCCUUCGAGUACGGUUUUACACAGAAGGCUCACAUACACAUUGAGAACAACGGCUUUAUUCGUCUCACCAUCCCAUCAGUCAACAUGCUCUGGAAGCCAGGUCAACACUGCUUUCUCCGCUUCACGAGCUUCGGCUUGCAAGCGUUCUCGUCUCAUCCUUUCACCAUCUGCUCACUUCCUGAGCUAGAUGGAAAGGAAGGCUCUGGGCUUGUGUUCUACAUCCGCCCUUCGCACGGCUUGACACGCAAGCUACAAGAUUAUGCUUCAAAGAAUCAGAACACCGCGGUACCUGUACUUGUGGAUGGUCCGUACGGAGGUAUCAACGUUCAGAGAUUCAAUGAAGCAGAUCGUUUACUCGUCGUCGCUGGUGGAUCCGGCUCUGAGUGGAUCUUGCCGCUUCUCGAGCUCUUCUGCAGGCAGCAAUCUGCUAGCCGUGAUCUUACCGCCCAUCAGGAGAUUGAAAAAGCGGAUCUCGAGAGCAACCAAAUUCACCAGAAGCUGCGUGUUGUCCUUGCAACGCGAGACCUUAGUAGUCGCAGCUGGUUCCUGGACUCGGUCAAUGAGCUCCUGGCCAAGUACUCAUUAUCACUUCAGUUACCCAACAUCGCCAUCGAGGUACAUCUGACGGGCGAAGCCGAAAAUGCUACCACUGGAGUGCGGUCCGCAGACGAAGCUAGAGAUUCCUCGUCAUCUUCAGACAACAUCAAAGUUGAACCCAAGGCAGAUCGAACUGCCACGUCGAGCAAAGAGCUUUCCGGCAGACCGGAUCUGCCCCUUAUGGUUCAUCAAGAAGGCGAAGCAGCUGCGCUAGAAGGCCUUUCGCUGAGCGUGUAUGUCUGUGGGCCCACAACGAUGCAGAAUGACGUACGGAAUGCGGUUGCCAAAGAAAAUAUUGACAUUCUCAAAGGAUCGAAGUCUGGGGGAGUUUAUCUCCACUCUGAGCAUUUCUCGUGGGCGUAA